CGGAAGAUACCUCUCUUUGGUUAAAGCAACAUGGUUUUACCUUACAGGCAAUGUGAAUGUAAACAAGUGAUCCAGUUCUUCGCAUACGAACAACGUCUUAUUAGCUAAAACACAGCAGCUGUUGUUUUGUCAAAGUAAGAUGGCUCUCAGAGUGUGUGGUCGCUUUUUCAGAGACUCGGCUGUCCUCUCCAGGCGGCUCGUCGUGUCUGCUCGACAGGAAAGUGCGUCAUGGUUUCUGACAGCGGGAAAUGCUGCCUGCAGCCGUGGAGGGGGGAACGGAUUUAUCUUCACUCCUGCUUGUUUUAUUACAUCAGAGGCAUUUCUCAGCAGACUGAUGAAAGGCAAAGCAGCAGAGGCAGACGGCAACAUUUAUCGCCUUCCAGCCUCAGUUCCGCCAGACAGCGGUGAACAGUUGUCUCUGUUAACGAAACAUCCAGAUCAACCUGAAAACUCAAAGGUUUUGAAAGUGGCUAUAAUAGGUGCCCCAAAUGCUGGGAAAUCCACAUUGUCCAAUCAGCUCCUUGGCAGAAAGGUGUUUGCUGUGUCCAAGAAAGUACACACUACACGGUCACGUGCACUGGGCGUCCUAACAGAGGAAGACACACAGAUAAUCUUGCUUGAUACUCCUGGUCUUACUACUCCAUCAAAGGUCAAAAGACACCAGCUGGAGAAGUCUUUGCUUGUGGAUCCCUGGAACACGGUCAAAGAAGCUGAGCUAAUGGUAGUCAUGGUGGAUGUGGCAGACAAAUGGAUGUGCAGCAGGCUCGACUUUGAGGUGCUGAAAUGCCUGGCCCAGCACCCGGAUAUUCCUGCAGUUCUAGUCCUGAAUAAGGUGGACCUCAUGAAGGCUAAAGAUAGACUGCUGGAUAUCACGGCUCAGUUGACGUGUGGAGUGGUGAAUGGACGCAAAAUGCGGAUCAGGCCAGUGAUCAAGCCCCCGUGGGCAGAGAAAAGAUCAGAAAGGGCUUCAGAGGGUGAGGAAAACGCAGAACCCGAAGAUGGGAGUGAGCCGACCUCUGCGCUGAGCAAAGAACAGCUGAAGACACUGAGAAACCAGCAGGGCUGGCCUCACUUCAAGGACGUGUUCAUGCUGUCGUCAGUGGACAGAGAGGACGUGGACACUCUGAAGAGCUACUUCAUGGUUGCUGCCAAGCCAGGAUCAUGGCAAUAUCACAGUGAAGUCCUGACUGACCAAAGUCCAGAGGAGGUCUGCACUAACAUCAUCAGAGAGAAGCUUCUGGAGUAUCUGCCCCAGGAAGUGCCCUAUUCAAUGACACAGUCUGUUGAACUCUGGCAAGAUGGAGAAGAUGGAGUGCUGGAUAUUUCUGUGAAACUUUACACAAAGAAAGAAACCCACAUGAGGAUGGUGAUCGGCACAGCUGGACAGAUGGUAGCGCGGAUCGCACAAGAAGCGAGCGAGGACCUGAGCAGAGUAUACCUGAGGGAAGUCAGGUUGAAGCUCUCAGUCAAGCUGAAAAAGUGAAAAUGGAUGAAGGACUUGCAAUAGGAAGAGAAAAGGACAGACCUCUCAUCAUGAGUUUGAUAUGGCGCUGUAACUUAACAUAUAAAUAUUCUCAGACCCAGAACUCCUUUGACCUGACACCUCUCUGAAGAAAAGGAAUUCUACUAUAAAUUGUGACUUUUGCAGCCUCCAUUCAUCCCGUGCAUUAUUAAAGCUUUUACAUAGAGAUGUUACAGAAUGCAGUUCAUAGAUUGAUGUUGAAGUGCAAAGAGCACCUUGGUUUUUCUGCAAAAAACCAAAGUGUUGAUUAAAUGCAGCUUCCACAAGCCACAAGAGCCCCCACCCCCACCCGAAUUAUUAUUAUUUUUUUAUUAUUAUUGUUAUUAAGCAGUGAUAUAUUUUCAGUAACAAACAUGACAUAGACUCCCAUCAAAUGAGUGUUUUGACACAAGUUUGACAGUGUGCUCAUGGCUGAGCAGGUUUGGCGAGCUGUGAAAAAGCCGAUGGUUUAUCUUUGGCUCUCAGAGCUUUUUACUUGGCGGGCGCCUCGUGCAAACACGGGCUGUAGAUAAACUGAAGCGGGACCUGCGCAGUCAUGUUCACUCAAAUGUCCCUGAUGUACCAUCCAACCCUGUUCCCUCCACUCCCACAUCACUUUAGCCUCCUCCACUGCCUUUGAAGUGUGGCCAUCCAUCCCUGCAACUAUCACUUUUUUGUUCUGCUUCUUUCUUCCUUUUUCUCCCCCCCUCUCACCUCCCUUCUCUGCUUCCCACUUCUCCCUCCUUCUGCUUUUUUGGCUCUUAUAAAGCCCAGCUUUGCCCCUGAGGGCUGAAUUGUCUCCCUAAUGGAUGGCAAAAUGGAGCACUAACCUGAUGCUAAAAUGGGUCAGAUAAUGGUGAUUAGAUUCAUUCCUGCUGCCUGUGAGUUAACUUGACGGUUACUCUAUUCGGGGCAUCUUGAUGAAUAACCAGCUAGUGGCCUUAAGCAGGGGAGGGAGGGAGAGGCCUCGAAUGUCUCUCAGAAGCUGUGUCAGCCCCUCAAGCUCCCCCUACUCUCAAAAACGGCUGCUUCCCAGUGAUUAGACAAGCCCGUUGCACAGCAGAGAUCGCCACUUUGACAAGCCGACAGCAGUUGGGAAAUAUUUAAACCGAUGUACGUCGGCCAGGGAAGGAAAGCAAUCCCUCAAACACAAUCAGUUUAAAGUGCUGAUAUGCUGCACCGAGAUGAACAAAAAACAAUGAGAAGCUUAUUUAAGAACCAUCUGCUUUAUUUCAUAUGCACCUAUUUAAAAAAAAACAAAAAAACAAAAGGAAAUACCCGCCAGGAGCUUGUGAGUGACACCUCCCGGUCUAGAUGACAUUGAGAGAAGGCUGUAGAACCCUUACCAUUACUAAAACUCAGUAAUGGUAACGGUUUGACAGCCUCCCUCAGAGUGUUCAGGCUCAGUUACAGUGUUGGUGUGCUGAUAGCAGCGGAGGGGGAAUGAAACCCUGGAUAGUACAUCAUCUAUACUGUAGUGUCUCUUUUUUAAACUUACAGUAUAAGAUGAUAUCCUGUCCAGGGCACAAGACAGAACCAUGAGCAGGGAGUCCCUGUAGUUUGUAAUCUGCAAGAACAAGGAGGAUAACUGUUAGAGUAGAACAACCAAUUAAAAUGUUUAAAUGUUUGUAAUAUGAAAUCUGUUUUGUAUUUAAAUUAAAAGAAAGGGAUCCUCAGUUACCACAUCUCUGUCACAUACUCGCCUCUUUGCCUUCAGUGUGUGUCAUCGUCUGGUCUCCUUACUGGUCCCUGUGUUGGGUUCCAGCACUUAAAGGCCCCACUCUGGCUCAUUAACAUACUGUGAUGACAUCUGGGGUGGACCAGACUGUACUUUUUUUUUCUUCUUAUCUCUGUCCAACCUGAUUGCCUCUGUCAAGUGAUGGCCCACACCCUUUCUACACCCAGCUGGACUCAAAACACACACAAAUACUAUUUUUCUUUUAAAAACAUACAGUAGGGGAAUAAUGCACGCGACAUAUAUUCAAGUGUUUGUUGAAGGAAAAAACUGAUUAUCGUCUACAACAGCUUUUAUGGCUAAUUUUCUGCCAAAUCUUUCACAUAUUUCAAAAAAUAUUCCUUGAAUAUUUUUGAUUUGUUAUUCAGAAUAUAUGUUAUUCUUUCAUUUGCCAUUCAUUGUCUUGUCCAAUGGGAUUAGGGAUUUUAUUGUCCCCAAAUAAUGCAUUUAGGUUUUUGGUGUUUAAUGCAGUGGGUUCAUUUUUCUUCACAGUUACACAUACAAAAGGCUGGAUAAGCCGCGCACAAAGGUUUGGGUCCAGGGGAAUUUCUUUUAAAAUAAUUUUCACAUGUUGCUCUGACCUCUUGCCAAAAUGUCCUGCACUGCAAAAGCAGUAGUCUCAUUUAGUGCACAUAUCAUUUGGCAGGAGCAUAUGUUCACUUUACCCAGGUAUGUCAGUCUGCGGUAUGAACUCUGACACAAGUAGGCAUCCAAUCUUCUGCUGACAUUUCAGUUUCAAAAUGUUCUAGUGAGCAGAUUCUAAAACAACGCCUGCGAUUGGUGGUGACCUUGCUGGGACGUCCACACCUGUGAAAACUGCCUUUAAUUUUUUCCCCACUUAUGAAUAAUCUUUCUCACUGUAGAAUGAUGGACUUCAAAUUCUUUGGAAAGGUUAAAAAAGAUUGAUGAGCAGCAACAAUUGCUUCUGUCGUGUUUUGUAAUUCAGCCGAGGUUGAAUCUUAGUCAUUUUCAGAUUUGCUAAAGACCACACCAUUUGUUUUAUUACAUCCAGAUGUAUAAAACUUUAUGAUGACUGUUUGAAAAACUGCUUUAAGAUCUUCUAACUUGGAUAUCCCAUGCUUUCGAUUCAGUUCUUUGAAGGACAUCUUGACUCAUUUUAAGUACUUUGGAAAUGCUAAAGUUUAAAUUUAGCUGCGUUUUUUCCUGUGGUAAGAAAAUUGUUUACCCGCUUUGAGACAAAGAGUCCUGGUUUUUAAAAUAUUUUCUGCCUUCACUGCAUUUGCGGCCUUUUCACUGUGUCUAAAUAUGUGGGGAGAGGUCGUUUUUGAUCUUAAGAUUGCACAUGAAAUUUAAAAAAAAUAAAGGUAUAAUAGACUUAAGCUGUGCAGCCCAGUCAUACAAUGAUGGGUCUAGACAUUCUUCACCCCCAGAAUCAAAAGACAAGUGUAAUUAUAUUCUAAUAUGAUGAACUGCAACAUUGCAAAAGUUAGGCUCCUUUUUCUUUCUCGCUAAGCAGUAUAAACUUUCAAUUAUAUACUUCAUCAAUUUAAGGACUUUUAGAAGAACUACAUGUUUCUCAUUUUCCCAAAUGUUCCUCCAUCUCACCAAUGUUAAUUGUUAGUUUUGACCUUUCUCUGUCACACAUGGCUAAUUGCAAGAAUUCAAGCAGUCAGCCAAUGCAAGGUAUCUCCUGUCAUUUAUUAAAAUAAAUAAAUAAAAAAAAGCUCGGAACUUUA